UCAGAGGAAAAAAUGAUAUACAGUACUUCUGUGAUGAGCAUGGUAAAACUACUUGAUAUAGAAGAGUCUUUAAAGGCAAACCUGGACGUGUACGUUCAGGAAAUGCAGUCAAAGUUAGAUACGAUCAAAUUAUUUCAAGAUUCGUUGAAAAGAGAAACGCUGACCACGCUGGACCAGAAGGAGGAAUAUAUGGCGAAUCCUUUAAAUGCUUUUCCUUUACUGAGGCGCCUUAAUCAGGAUUGGCCCAAAUGGGUGAGAUACAUAAAGUUGGCUAUAGCUACCAAGAAAACCAAAGAAAUGGAAGUGCACUUGAAGUCUGCGCCUAGUGAUGAUGACCUUAAGGUUGCCCUGAAGGGCAUUACGCGAAUUGAAGAAUUUUACGAUCAGCAUGCAGCGGACUUAACCAAGGGCAUCCUAUUAGGAAGACAAUUUAACUCCAGUUUCACUGCUCCGGAUUGUGUUGCCUUAGCUGAUUUCCAUUAUAAUCAAACAAAAUACUCCGGUUCAACUCAUUGGUACCGCAUGGCGUUAAGACUUCACACUUUACCCCAAGGCGAACUUUACAAAAAAGUACUGGGGUUAAAAAGGAAAAUGGUUUACAAAAAAUAUGCCAAAGCCUUGCUUAAAGAAUCCAUAACCUUGGAUAAAGGAAAACCCACUCCCUUAGCAAUGUCUGAAUGGAAUAUUUUGGCCAAAGAGGUCGUACAUAAGGACAACUACGACAACGUUAAAAACUUAAUUGAUGAAUACCUAACCGGAGAGGAGAAGAUCUUCCAAGAUGUAGCCGCUCAAUCAAAGCGCAAACCAUCUAAGCUUAAACGAGGUUGCCGUGGUGAAUGGCAGAGGAAAUCCUCGCCAGAACUAGUAUGUCGCUAUAAUAAGGACACGUCGGCAUUCCUUAAAAUAGCACCACUUAAACUGGAGUUUCUGAACAUGCAACCAUUGAUAGUGCUUUACCAUGAAGUGCUCUAUGAAAAGGAAUUCAAGUCAAUGAGAGACAUAGCCAUAUUUAAUGCCACCAUGACUGAUGGAUGGACCUAUGUUGACUUUGACAAAGAAGGAAAACCAAAACCCCAGGAUCGAGUGGUAAAAAUGAUUACCUUUCAGGGAACAACAGCUUCUUUUACCCUUAGCAUCAAUCGACGAAUAGCAGAUAUGAGUGGUUUGGAAAUGCACGGAAAUAUGGGUCUGUACUUGACUAAUUACGGUCUAGGUGGUCAUUUCGGUAAACAUGUUGACUACGUUGAGCUGGCCAAAAGACCUCCAGACUUUUUUGCUGACCUGGGAGGUGAUCGAAUAGCUACAGCGUUGCUCUACGCCACUGAUGUUCCUCUGGGUGGAACUACAGUUUUUACAAAACUGAAGAUAUCCGUAGAACCCAAAAAGGGUAAUGCCUUGAUCUGGUUUAACUUGGAUCAUGCUGGGCAACCUGAUCCUCUGACAGAGCACUCCGUUUGUCCAGUCGUAAUGGGUUCCAGAUGGACCAUAUCCAAAUGGAUCCAUGAACGCCAGCAAGUAUUUAAAAAACCUUGUUCUUCUAAUAUCCGAAUGGAAAAUGCUAUUUAA